AACAGUUCUUCGCCUUUCUGGGUUUUCUCUCAAUGUUAUUUUGACAUCUGGGUUUCUGUUUGUUUUCAAUUAUAUUUUCGUGUAUGCUACUCUCCAGAUCUCUCUUGAGAUCUUGAGCUUCUCUUUUCUUCCACAGCUUUUCUGAGUUUUGAUUAGUCAAGUUAAAGAUGGAAGAAGUCGAUGUUCCAUCCUAUUUUCUCUGCCCAAUCUCUCUGGAAAUCAUGAGAGAUCCGGUGACUGUAUCCUCCGGAAUAACCUACGAUCGGGAGUCCAUAGAGAGAUGUAUAUUUUCAGGGAAGAACAAAAACACUAGUCCAUGCCCAGUCACGAAACAACCCUUGUCGUCAGAUACGGAUCUGACCCCAAACCACACUCUCCGACGAUUGAUCCAAGCAUGGUGCACUCUCAAUGCAUCCAAAGGCAUCGAACCAAUCCCAACACCAAAGCCUCCGGUCGAUAAAGCCCAAAUCCUUAAACUCAUCAAUGAGGGUAAGGCCCUUCAACAUCAGAUGAGAUGCCUCCAAAGUCUCAGAUCCAUCGCCAAUGAAAGCGAAAGGAACCGAAGAUGUUUGGAAUCUGCAGGAGCAGUUGAGUUCUUGGCUUCAAUUGUAGCCAACGAGAGCUCAAUAGGUACUAGAUCCAGUGAUGAAGAAGCUCUCUACAUUCUUUAUUGUCUCCAGAUCUCAGAGGCUGGCCUCAAGAAACUUAUCAUCAGUAGAUCAAAUGGUGAGGACUUCACUGAGGCCUUGAUGCGGGUCUUGCAACGUGGGGACUACCAAUCUCGUGCUUAUGCUGCAUUGCUUCUGAAAUCCAUGUUCGAGGUUUGUGAUCCCAUUUAUCUAAUGAACUUGAGAGUGGAACACUUUGUUCAGAUCGUGAACGUUUUGCGUGACCAGAUCUCACAACAGGCAUCUAAAGCUUCAUUACAGAUCAUGGUUGAGCUCUGUCAAUGGCGUCGAAACAGGAUCAAAGCCGUGGAAGCUGGUGCAGUUUCGGUGUUAAUUGAGAUACUCCUAGAGACAACAGAGAAAAGAGAUUCUGAGAUGUUGUUGGUGGUGUUGGAUCAGUUAUGUGGGGUUGCAGAAGGGAGAGCUGAGUUAUUAAGGCAUGGAGCUGGAAUUGCUGUGGUGUCCAAGAAGAUACUUAGGGUUUCAAAUGUGGCAACUGAUAGAGGAGUGAGGAUAUUGUCUUCGAUGUCGAGGUUCUCUGGGACUUCAUGUGUUGUUCUGGAGAUGCUACAAGUUGGGGUUGUUUCCAAGUUGUGUUUGGUGCUUCAAAUGGACUGUAGCCUCAAGACCAAGGAGAAGGCCAAGGAGAUGCUUAAGUUGCAUUCCAGGGUUUGGAAAAACUCUUCUUGUGUCCCUGUCCAUGUACUCUCUUCCUAUCCAUAAGGUUAGAGUAGUUAGUUUUGUAUAUAUAAUUGGAUAAAAGAAAUACUAUAUGGGCGUGAAAUUUUUGUAUCCAUCCAGCACAAAAGUAAUUUCCAUUAAAGAGAAACGUUUAGUUUUUCUUUUAGCAA